CCUUUGGCUGCUAGUAGCCAGCUUCGACAUAUAAGAGCUGCUUGUCUCGCUCGCGUGCUUGCAGCAUAGUGGUUUGCAUAUAUUCUUAGACUCUUGGACUCUCGCCUAGAGCCUGCUUUUACCUGUCUCUUGACGUAGUACACCUGCACGACCCAUAUAUAAGACUUUCUCACCAUGUCUGCUCUGCACGAUAACAGCGUCGGCGGUAUCCCCAACACUGAGCAGCGUGGAGCUGAGACUACUCCUCAGCAAAUCCACCAGGAAGGUGCUCAGUAUGUGAAGGAAGCUACACAGGCCAACCAGAGCGGCUCGGCCGCCAAUGAAGGUACAGGUACGAAUACCUCCCAUCCAGCGCCUGAACCCAUCCGUGAGCAGCCUCCGGCCAGUAAUCCAGGAUCGGACGACCCCACAGGAGGAAUAGGCAAAGAUGCUGGUGGUGUCAGUGGAUCAGCCUACAUUGGAAGCCCGGUUUCGAGCGAAGAGCAUGGUCUUGUCGAUACUGUCAAAUCGUUCCUCGGUCUGAGCAAACCAGAAGAGAAGAAGGCCGAGGACACUCAGCCGGCGUGGAAUGCAGGAAGCGUCACUGCUCUGGCCGGAAUCGGUGCAUCUACGAGUGCUCCUGCUGUUGCUGUGGCGGCUGCCUCUGGUACCGGUCACAAGCAUGAGAGCAGUAGUGGAAGCUUCACUGCCGAGAUCCCGGACAGGACGCGUCCGUCAACUCUGGCCACGACAGAGCCGGCGGGGGCAGUGGGCAGCAACUCUAUCAGUACGACAGACCAAAGCAUUCCUCAGAGGUCGAUCCCGGGCGAUAGCACUACCAACACAACCACACCACCUCCAUCCUCACUGAACAACCCGAGCAACUCCGAACCAGACACCACCGUGACAGCAGGCAGCCACCUCACAAAGACCGGACCAGACUUCAGUGCUAACGAAGGCACCAAAACAGUUCCAUCAGCAUUAGGCGCAACCACAAACUCCAAAUCACACACUAACAUGCCCGAAAUGAAAGACACCGAAGUCCGUCAACAGCAACCUGCCGAUGCAGACGAGAAAGAUAACCACAAGCCUCCGAAGCCAGCCGAUAAGAUGGCAGGUGGUAAAUUGGAAAACGUCGAUGCCAUCCCAACAGCAGGCGGCCAGAGACUCGGUGAAGAGCACUGGGGCGAGAGUAAGAUUGUGCCCGAUCUGCCCGAGAAGCGUGCAUCUACGUCUGGGCAGGGAGGAGUGAGUAGCACAGAGGGUCAGCCGACUUCUGAAGUCGCGGACAACACAGCAGCAAACACCGGCGGCGCAACAGGCGGCCCGGCAUCCAACAACAAUAGCAGCACCGACAGUGGAGAAAAGCAGGGUGCUUUGGACAAGAUCAAGGAUAAAUUGAACAUUGGAAAGAAGUAGGAGGGUCCAAUGAUACAACAUUUGCCGGUCUACUUCCAGAAAACAUUCCGAAGAUCGCGAUGAUGUGAUGACGACAGUUCUGGUGAUGGUCCACGAAGGGAUGGGUUUCGUUUGCGUUGGCUGGCUCAAGGCAUGCGCUCGAUCGAAUCUUUAACUUCCUAUGCGUAAAUGAAUGAAUGACGCUCUCAAGUCAGCAUAGUGCUGUAAUGAAUUGAACAUAUAUAUGCCUAGUGCAAGA